CCGACUCUGGAGACCAGCGGAGCCACACGCUCAGCUCCUGGUAUAAAAGCUCCGAACAGUGCUUCGUGGAGGCUUUUCGUAGUGAGCUCGGAAGAGAUUUUCAGUUCUGCUACAUUGAAGCAGCUUUGAUAUGGCUAAUCUUCUUAAAAUGAACGGCCACCCGAACGGCCACCAGCAUGAAGUGGAGGAAUCUGACCUCUUCAAGAUCGAGGUCACUUCCGAUGACCCCAUUGAGUUUUUCCGCGAGUGGUACCAAAUGGCCGAGGACGCGGGGGUCAUCCUGCCGCAAUCUCUCAACCUCGCCACUUCAGAUGGAUGCGGUCGCGUGAGCGCUCGCACCCUCCUGAUGAGAAGACUAGUCGACGACGGCUUCAUCAUUAUGACGGACAAGAGGAGCAAAAAGUCGUUUGAUAUUGCCAAAUGUCCACGUGUGGCGCUCACUUUCCUGUGGAUGUACCCGCGGCAGCCCAAGGGCAUUUACGCUCAGCAAGUGCGUGUCGAGGGACUGAUUUCAGAAAUUCCCUUCGAUGAGCAUAUGGACCUUUACACUACUGAACCUCUAUAUUGCAAAAUCCGUUCAAACAUUUGCCGUCAAGGAGAGAUUGUCGAGUGGUCGGAGCACAAAGAGAAGCACGACCGCAUUUACAAGGAAUGUGUUGAGCACGGUCCUCCCGAUUUUCUCAACUACCCCCCUGAACAUUACGUCAUGUACAAAGUGAAGCCCGAGAUGAUGGACUUCUACAUGGCCACCGAUUUUACCAUUGGCGACCGCGUCGUCUUCCGACUCUCAGACCAGCCCAAUCUGAUUCCGGCCACGGCGCUGAAAAAGUCAUCCAUCAUCGAAGAAAACAACGGUCACUUCAAAGGCGAGAAAAAUGGUUUGAAGGACAACAACAAUGGUAUCGACGAGAUGGAAAAAACCUUCCAAAAUGGGUUGAAAAUCGCCACCGGUGCCGGCCAGAAACUCGCCGAUAACGUCCCAAAGGAGUGGGUUCACUACCGCGUCUCUGCCUAAUUUUGCAAGUUUUAUUACAAAAAAAAAGAAUAUUUUUUUGGGCAGGGUCCUCAGGGGUUUUGAAAAGUUUGCCAGCAAGACUGAUGGGUGUUCAAGCUUCUCAAGUUUCCUGCUUAGGCGCAUUACUUCCGUAAUUAUACUAUUUUAAUUUUUUGCUGAAUAAAAUGUAUUGAACAAGAAGAGUUGAAGAUGAAUUUAAAAAUAA